AACGUUAUUUAUUGUUUCUAACCUCAAUGUUUUUCAUCAUAAUAUCAAAAAAUCUUCACUGUUUUUACCGGAUUUUCUGUAAGUUUUGAUAGAAAAGUUAUUGAAUUUUAUAUCUACGGAAGUUUACAAAUUAAAUAUGAGUGAACAAAAGCUCUCCGCGGUAGAGGCCGAACUGUACGAUCGUCAAAUCCGACUGUGGGGAAUCGAAUCUCAAGAAAGGUUGAGGGCAUCAAAUGUUCUUUUAAUCGGUGUUAGAGGCGUAGGAUCAGAAAUUGCCAAAAACAUCCUUUUGUCAGGCAUAAAUUCUUUGGUAAUUCUUGAUGAUGGAACAGUUACCGAAGAGGAACAAAAUAAAAACUUUUUGAUUAAUAAAAAUAGUAUUGGAAAAAAGAUUGCAGAGGAAGUUCUUUUAAAAGCUCAAGCGCUUAAUCCCUUAGUUACAAUUACUGCCGAUAUAUCAGAUCCUACUAAAAAAGAUGCAAAAUUUUUCGAAGGGUUUACCAUCAUUAUAGCAACCCGUAUUAAAACCGAUUUUCUAAUGAAGCUUGACAAGAUCUGCAGGGCAAGUAACGUCAAACUCAUUUUCGGGGACGUGUUCGGCUCGUUUGGAUAUUCAGUGACUGAUUUUCAUGAACAUGACUAUCAUGAGGACCAAAUUAAACUUCCUACUCAAAAACGGGCUCAUGAUGGAACAAUGAUCAAAGGUGAAAAAGAGAUAGUAAAAACUAAAGGUCAAAUUAUAUAUCCAGAACUUAAACGGGUGAUUAUUUUGCCUAAUACCAAACAAAGUAUUGACCAUAUUAAAAAAACCAAAAGGAGGAACGAAUACUUCUAUUUAAUGUUAAUUCUUCUGGAAUUCAGAAAUCGACAGGGACGCAAUCCAGAAUAUCUAAAAAAGGAAAAGGAUAUUGAAUUGCUGAAAGAGAUCAAAUCCGAGGUGCUCGACUUAUAUGAAGUUGAUCAUUCUAAACUUAAAGAUGAGCUUUUUGAGAUAGUUUUUGGAGAGGUUGUGCCAGUUUGCGCUAUUGUCGGAGGUGUGAUUGCGCAGGAAGUUAUUAAAGGAGUAUCACAAAAAGAGGUUCCUAUUAAUAAUGUAUUUUUGUUUGAUCCUAUCACAUUCAGUGGGAAGGAGGAAACUAUUGGGUGAACGGUGAACGGCAACAAUGAUAAUUUUUCUGUUUGUUUUUGUGAUGUACAAAAUGUCUAAGGGUCUCUGAAGUUAGUUUUAAGUUGCAUUUGUUUCUCCAGCUUAAGUUUAAUAUUAUAGAGUUAAUAAUUACACAGUGCUUCGAUUUUUCUAUUUUAAAGUUUGUUGCUUUAUGUUUUUGAUUUAUUCAUAUUUGCUAUUUAUUUAGGUGUAAUAUCUGAAUAUUUUGAUAUAAUAAAUAAACUAAAUGUAUGAGAA